CAACUCUGCAGGAAUAAUUGGAAUACUCGAAGCAAGGGUGGAAGCAUUCACAAUUUCACAUUUCACAACAGUGGUUUGACAGACGCGCCCGUCUCGCCUGACGCUCUGUAAACAUUGAACCGCGUGUGUCAGGCUGUCGUGGGCGGCGGGCGGCUACACCACCGACACCAUACUUACACGGUCUAUCAUUGUUUCCACAUUCUCGUGCAUCCCUUCGAAACAGUGUAUGGACAUGAUUCUGGUGUGGCGGCGUGCAUCAGUAGCAAGGCGGAGCACACCUUUCAGCUGAGUGAGUGCUUGAGGGCUGAAAACACUCGGGGACACCACAGCGCCUAACCACACAAGACCAGUGCUAUGCGCCUUGCAAGCACAGCCUAGACUCAUGUGGAUUAAGGAUGAGGGGCCAGAUGUAUGCAGUUGUUUCCGGACUUUUAGCAGCAUUGGCUAGCCUUUGUGGGAAAUAUGCCAUGGCCAGCACAGAGGCACAAGACCUGUGUGAAGCAGCCCUUUUAGCACUGCAUGGUGAAAAGGAGAUCACAACUGCAAAUCAGAUCAGUACCAUAUGUGAUCAGUACACUUUUGUGUUAAGAGUGGUGUUCUUUGUGCUAAUGGUGGCGGUAAAUUGUGUCAUGUGGACCACAUUUACCAAGGCACUUCGCUUCUCCUCCACAUCCCUUGAAGCUACCAUUACCAACACUGCUGCCAACUUCUUCUUUACAGCAAUCUUGGGACAGGUACUGUUUGGAGAGAUAGUUACAAUCUUGUGGUGGAUGGGCACUGUUUUAAUAUUGUGUGGCCUACUACUAAUGCACCAUGCCAGCAAUGUUCCUCCCCGCAAGCCUGGAACAAGACCAAAAAUCCACUAGAUUUCAUGCACUGCAGUCCAAACAUUAGAGAAUAGGUAAGAAAAUGAUAUUGAGGCUCAAGUUGUAUGAACUAUAAUCUAUUCAUUCCUAGCUUGUAACUGGUUCCUAAAAUACUUUGUAAUUUCAUCACUGAUUGGAAGUGUCUCUUAUAAUCUCAUCUCUCAUUGAUCCAUGGCUAGGUAAGCCAGCCUGGCUACAACUUUGUAGAAAGACCAUCUUUUCACAUUACAGGUUUUACUUUUCAUCUCUAAUUUCCUUUUUUUUUUUUUUUUUUUUUUUUUUUUUUUUUUGUUCAUUAUGUACUUUAUAAUUUCUUGAGCACUGGACACAAAAAUGGUGGUAGAUUAUGAAUGUAUUGAAGUUUAAGUUAACAUAGAAUAAAGUAAGAUGAAGCCAUGGAUGGAAUUGUAGAUGCUUAAAUGGCAUUCUUGUUCCAUGCUGCUUUUUUAAUAUAGUUAUACCACAGUAAAUGAAAAUUGUGGUUUGUAGUAAAGUCCUCCUGAACACAAUGGUGUCACCAUGUUUUGGAUAUGAGAAAGGAAAAUGGUAAAAUACUUUUGAUCUGAAGUUGUUGUGCAAGAUAACAAUAAUUGAAUGCUUGCGAUUAUCCUCAUAAUGUUGAGCUACUGUUUCAAAAGUAGCUAGGGGUCUAGUUGUCAGCUAGGAAGAAAUGGACUAUAGUGGCCUAAUUGUAUAUAAUCUGUUAUUGCAUAUAAAUCUUGCACUAUAUCCAGUUGCUUACUUAUGUGUCUCUCUAAUAUCUGUAAUAUUGCAAUUAUACAGAUGCCAAAUGGAUCAGUCUUGACAGCAUUGUGUAUAAAAUUUGUACAACCUGACCAAUGUCUACAUCUAGUCCAGGAGCUUCCUAUCCCAUCUACUAAUAUGCUUUGAGCCACACUAUUAAUGAUAUGUAGUGGAGGACUAGUGUACAAUUUUACUACUUUUGAUUAAGGAAAAAGAGAUAACAUAGGGCUGUAUUGAUUCCAUUGUUUGCAAAGCAUUGAAAGAUAUUCUUAUAAUUAGAUUGCUUUAUUUUUGUAUGUAUAGUAUGUAUGACCUAGCCAUUGUUUCAGUGCUACUGGUAUGCAGGUGACCUUCACUGCUUGGAAAGUUAACCUUAUUCUAUUUUAAGCACUAUGCUUGAAAGUUGCCCACUUACAUUGUUGUCAUAGGUUUAGCAGAUAGUGCAAUAUAUGGUUACAUAAGGUCACAUCUGCUCAAGUAAUGGGUAGUCAACAACCAAUGCAAUGAGUGUGAAUGAGCAAAAUUAAAAUAGGUUAGAUUGCAUUUAAAUCUAAUUGUGAGAAACACUAUUACUCAAUUCAUUAAGUUCAGUGUGUCAUUCUUGUGUUUAAAAGUUACAGAAUACAGCAAGUGUAAUUUUAAUAAAAGCAAACUGCUAUCAUCUGCAUUCAUGUUAACAGAGAAAGGAAUAAGUGGUUUUAAUAAUUAUUGGAAGGAAUUUUAAGUAAUUUCUGUGAUUCCUAUAAUUGUGGUCUUUUAAUGUUGGGUGUGCUAUGAAUCUUAUGAUCAAAAGUGAAACUGCCUUUAUACAGGUCAAAGAGUAUGAUAAUAUAACCUCAUUGUGAGAUUUCUGUCCCAGUCAGUUGGCCAAAGUCAGAUUAUACUCAGCAGCAUCAUCUGUUGGCAUUAUUUACUUGAAUGGUAUCUCUUGACCUUUCUUUGGUCUUCUUGAAGGUGGUUUGUGCUAUAUUACUCUAAGGAAACAGAGCAUGUUGAUUCUCCUUUUUUACUUGUCUUAUACAACAUUGCAAGAUUUCAAACUUUGAUUUUUGUUUGCAUGGAUGAUGUCAUUCCUGUAUGGAGCUCCAAGUAACAAAUUUCUAUUGUGAGAGCAGGCAUUACAACAAGGAAUAAUAUUUCCUCAAAAAUGUGCUCCACUUGAUCAGAGAUUUGACUUUGGUGUUAAUAUGUAUAAUGAAAUGAUGAGAGAGAUAAGUAACAAGUUUGUUUAUGAAACAAAUGAUAAAUGAUUUUAUAUACUUA